CUGACAAAAUAAUAAAUAGACAGGCUGCCACCAACGUUCACCGCAAAUCUUUCCCGGAUCAGUACACUUUCUAAAAGGUGUUCGAACCUUCGUUGCAUGUAUCAGAAUUAUUAAUUAUUUAUAAUGGCUUGUUUUACUUUUUAUAACCUAAAUAUUUUCAUAAACUACACACGGCUGUGUUAUAAGAUUUAUUGGUUAAAUACUUAUUAAAUGUAUCUUCUAAAAUCUGCAGACAUUUUCCCAAGGUUCAUAAUCGUAUCGUCCAACCACGAAACAUAAUGGCGGAGCACCGAAAAGGCGUAAGGUCUUUCCACAUGUUUGAUAUAAUUCUUUGACGAAAAAUACUGUUUUUUUAACCAGUAAAUGACAUCCAGGGGCAAAAGUGAAUCAAGUAGUAUGACAGGACUAGAUAGAUGCGACCAUAAUACGAUGGAGUCGCCUGGGAGUUCGAAUGGACUUUUUGAUUUGGACCCGGGAACUUCUGCUAAGCCCGGGAAAUAUUCAUUAUCUGGUAAGCGCAGCUCAGCUGAUGGUUUCUAUCAGUCGCACGAAUCACCUCGGUCAGCCUCAAGCUCUCGGCCAUGCUCCAGACCUCAGUCGAGGCAUGGUUCGCUUCCCGGAUCCCGUAUGGCAUCAAGAACAAACAGCCAAGAAUCCAUCAUAGAUCUUUUCGACAAUAUUCUCACAUUGAACGGCAAAUUUGUUUCUCCAAAACCAAAGCCGUUUAAAGAAGCUAAGUUACAUUGGAGGGAUAAAGUGCGUAUGAAUCAUGCCAUCUGGAGGGCUUGGCACAUACAAUAUAUAAAGAAAAAACGACCAGUUAUAUGCCAGUUUACUGCACCUGAACCAGAUGAAAGGGCUCGUUUACAGGCUGAUAUUAUACAAGGAGGUAAUGCAAAUCUUCCGCACCCUUCAAACCUUGGAAUGCAUAUCCAGCAUUACAAGAACUGGAGACUGUACCAUAAAGAUGUGAUCAAGUGUUCAAGUGUCAAGAAAGACGACCCGGAAGAAGAUGCCAUCGACUUGGACAAAUCGCAUCCGCCCCUCUCGCCCAUGUUGGCAAAGAACCUUGCCAAUGAUGACACCCUCAAAGACUUUUCCGACACGCUAUUCAUCAGUAAAAAGAAGAAAUUUGCAGCUCCGACUGCUAAAGAAAUAAUUCGCAAGGCCCACAUAUCAGAUAUAAUUCAACCGAGUCUUAUGACUCUUGAACCCGACCUGGAUGAGGACUUUUUCAUGGAUACCUUAGAAUCAUUAACAGACUUGCUGACAAAGACACCAACCAAGGACGGUGGCAUAAGUUCCAUGUCGCUUGGCAACAACCUGGAUGAUGCAUUAAUGAGUGACUCGGGACACUUAUCCAGCUCCGAAUAUGGUGGCAUAAUGUCAACAAGCAGCUCGUAUCCCAUCAUUGUCCAAUCCUCUAGCAAACCACGUACAGUUAGCUUUGAUGACAUCCCGGCACAUACGUCGCGGCAACUAUUCACCGGCAACGAGCCGCAAAUGCAGUACAGCCCAAUGUUGAUCCCCCAGACCAGUCAAAUGGGGCAUAGCAACUUCGAAGAGGAUAUGGGAGUUGCAGCUGAUUUUUUUGACUUGUUAAAUUCCUUUACCACUACUGCUGACUAUAGCUUUCAGUCUGUUCAACCAGGGACUGCUACCCCCAUCCAGGUUAUGGCGCCUUUCGGGACUGAAUCCCAAAUGAUCAACACAAAUACUAAAAUGGAGCCUCUCAGUCCCAUAAUGCAUCAGUGUAGCAGCCAUGUUUCAAGCACAGUAAGCUCCCCCAGAAAUCAUGAAAACACAAUUACAGGUCAAGCCAGAGAGAAAAUGCUGCCCCCUAUGGACACAAGUACCUGGCCUAAGCCACCAGCUUCGUCUGCUAGUGGUUGGAAUCUUCAAACCAAUACCAUCGGCAUGGUAACCCAGCCUGCUAACCGUAUGGUUUCGGCACCCGUACCGAUGUCUGUACAAAUUUCAGAAACAACAUCACAGAACUUCUACCAACCACAAGAACAAAUGAACUGUGACAAUUCUGGUGGUGUCUAUGGCUAUAACCAAUCCUUACAGAUAGCUAAUCGAAGAGACAGAAUGAAGGGUGUGAGCCCGCAUCAAAGCAGGACGCUAGCCCCGCUCCAUGAGGCCGUUGGAAGUGCACUGUCAGGCAAGUUGGAUUCGAAAGAUCGUGGCAUACAAAGUCCCACGAGUGAACGAGAAGCGUUAACCCCAGUGCUAACUCCAGGCUACCUGUCGACAGCAUCUAGUACUGCAUCAUCGCCAGGUGGGCCUAAUGAAGGUUCUGCUCCGGUAGAAUUUGAGUUUCAGGCACCCAAGUCAAAGAAGAAACGUUCAGAAUUAGAAACUAAACAAAAGGAACAACGUAGAAGAAUACAACAUUUAUCAUCGGAACAUAAAAGACGGAAUAAUAUACACUCUGGAUUGGAUGAGAUUCAACGUAUCGUCUGCGGGCCUCAAUCGUCGAAUGAUAAAACAAGCCAGGCAAUACUUCUACAAAAAACUUCAGAACAUAUCAAAUCUUUACAAAAUGAAAUUGCAAUGAAGGUGGCGGAAAUGAAGCAACUGAAUGAUGAGAUUAGCAGUCUCAAUGACCAAAUCAAUGAAGUCCAGGAUGAAUUGCCUGAUACUGGAGCACCGGUCAGUACCCAGAAUGACCAUCAACUGCAAGCUAUGUUUGACCAGUAUAUUCGCGAGUCAAUGACUUCCAACUGGAAGUUCUGGAUCUUUCGUAUGCUAAUCGAGCCGCUGUUUGCAUCCUACUUGAGUGCUAUGUCAAGUGUGUCGAGUUAUAGUUUUGAGAAUGCGCUGCAUGAGUGGGUCGAUCAGUCCUGUAGACUGAGAAACCUAAGGCCUUUGGCAACGAAAGCUGUCCGUGAAGUCAGUAAAAAGACUACAAUCCUCAGUAGACCUCAAAUGCUUCCAGAGCAGGUGCAAGCACUGGUGGAGGUAGAGGCGAGUAGUCAGAUGGAAAGCUGAUAGCACCCUCAACAUAUUUAGAACAUAAUAUAUAUAUAAAUAGAUAUAGAUAUAUAGCAUGCCUUGAUGAGAAGGUUUUGUGUUCAUGAGUGUAUGAGGGUGCCCUUCAGAGGUUCCUGCACAGGAUAAUAUAUACCACGGGCGGUUAUUGUUUUGUUUUGUCUUUCCUAGUACCUUGAUAAACUUGAAACAUAUCGUUCAAAGGAGAAUUGUCUGGGAUAGAUGGGCAUGUGGGAAGGGGGUAGGGGAAGGUUUGUUCUAUAUCAAGUGUAUUAGAGCAAUAUUCCUAUUCCAAAAUAAUGUAGUACUUUUUUAUUUGUGCGGAACUUCAUGAUCCUAUACUCUCUAUACUUAGCCAUAAGAUGUUCCACACUGGAACGCAUCCCCUCAUCUGGACACAUUCUGCCUUUACAAGUAGGUAGGUCUUAAAGUAAAUAAUAUAUUUGUAAAGAUAAUAGUUAAGCUAUGCAUUUUAUUUGUUUAAAAAAAUGCACUUGGGUUUCUAGUGAUUUAAGUUGUUAUUAAGUAUCACCAUUAUAUUUUAUUAAGACAAAACUGUUUUUUGGGGGUGCAAAAAAAUCCUUGUAUCAAGGAGAAACGUUUUUAAUUUAUCUUGUAUUAUCUUGUGCUUAUACCAGAGGAACUAAGUAAACUUUGACUUGUUUCAAGAUUUCAACACAGACUGUAUACCUUGUAGUGUCAUUCACAGUUAAAAAUAAUGUUAUUGAUUGCAUAAAUUACUGUCUUUUUUUAAAUUCAAUUUUUUAAUCUAUUUUUCUUAUCAAAUAAAUGUCUAAUCGAAACCAUGCUGCAAAUUUAAAUUGACAUUCAUUGAGUUAUUUUUCUUAUUGCUCUGUUUAAUUGAAAAAACUGAAAUUAAGCAGAAAUCAAUGCUAAACAUGUAGAUUUUUCCUUCUGUGUCCAAAUUCUAUGUUAAAUUUUUUGUGAAUAUUUAGCUGUAAAAACACAUUCGUUUACACAUUAUUUUCGUGAUAUUAGUGAGGGCUCACUUCAGCCUUAAGGAUAGCUAAUUUUGAGGUUUGACCUAUAAAGUACACAUGCUCUAUAUUUGUAUUAGAAGUCUAUAGGCAAUUUUAGAAUAGGCCUGGUAUAUUUUGAUUAAAGGUGCUAACAAUACGUGUUAGCACUAAACAAAAUCGAUACUGCAUUGGAGCUUCCCAACACACACAAGCUAUUCUCAUUUUAUGUUUUAAUGUGUAUAUGUUGAUGUAGGCCUAAAGACGAUUUAGUGACAAAGGUCGCCCAAGUGCUCCAACGAGUUGUUGGUUUUACAAAUUUACCAUUUACAGUAAAAAUCAAUAGUACUGUGCAGUGCAGUGUGUUAUGUUUUAUUGUCCUCUACUGUGUCCAGUUUAAAUGGACUUCCAUUAAAAGCAUUUUAAGAAUUAUUGUACCCACUACUGAAGUAGAUAAUUGCCUUGUUUAUUGUACAGGUUGUUACACAUGUCUACACAGUUAAACUGUGUAGACUUCUAUUUCCUCAAUACAGGCCUUGUAAUCAUAUAAUCAUAUGUCACUACUUACAUCUCGUCUUUCACUAUCUACUAAUUUUCUAAAUCUUUGUAAUACAGUAUGUCUAAAACCGUAUGAAGGGUGAUUUAUGCAGCAAAGCUUAUCAUUUUCAGUGACAAUUAUCUGUGAUUUCCCCAUAUAUGGCAUGAUGAUGUCAUCACACCAGUGUAUUAUAAGCAUAAUGGUGUCAUAUUACAUCCAUGGCAUAAGAAGCUGUUCACACCCAUUUAUGUGUAAAUCACAGGUCUUUGUCAUAAAAUUUGAUAGCGUGGACGGAGCAUUGGAGUUGCAGUUGCCGACUCUCUUAGGAUUGAACUCAUGACUUUAGUAAACUAGAACCCCUAGCAUGGCACCUCAACAACUCUGCCACAGAUCCGCUUUUAACCCUUUGUCAGGUAAUUGUAUUCUUUUUGUAUCAUCUAGGUGACAAAAUUGAUGUGCCUUAUUUGUUCUACAUUUUUAGAUUCUUGGUUUUGUUUAGUUUUUUUUUUUUUCUCCAAUGAACCGUUAUUC